AUAUAUGAUUAUAUUGUUCUUCAGACUCUUGCUGUUGUUAUCCUAUCAGCACAAGAUGGGGGUCUUAGGGACUAUAGGCUGGGGUGUAUUACUCAGCUCAAGCACUGUAAUUUAUGGCACCUAUUCAAUAUUGGUACACCUGUGUGAAGUUGAUGGAAAGGUUCCAUUUAAAUCCUCAUCUGUUGUCCUGAUUAUUGAAGUCGGGAAGUUUGUGGUGUCCUUUAUGAUGCUGAUGUGGCAGACUAAAGGCUCGCUCCCCCAGGGUAUGUCCCUGGUGUCCUUCCUGCAGUAUGCUGUCCCGGGACUGCUUUACAGUGCCAGUAACAACCUGUCUAUGAUGAUGCAGGUGUACAUGGACCCCACAACAUUCCAGGUUUUAAGCAAUUUAAAGAUAGGCAUAACAGCUGUCCUUUAUUGGAGCUUUUUAAAAAGGCCCCUGACAGUCCGCCAGUGGAUAGCAAUAGGAAUUUUAACAAUGGCUGGAACCAUUGAUAGUUAUGGGAGCUAUGUAUCUAAGGGCAAGGAAUUCUCCGAGCUGUAUGUGACAAUGACAGGCCUACUGAUGAUUGCGGCACAGUGUACAGUGUCGGGGAUGGCGUCUGUGUACGCGGAGUAUAUCCUUAAAAAACAGCAGGAGAUGUCCCUUCAUUUCCAAAACCUCAUGUUGUACACUUGGCUGAUCUUCAUCAACAUUAUAUUCUGGAUUUUCGAAGAAGUCAGAGAUGAAAGUUCAGGGGAUGAUACACGGUUUCAACUGUUCAGAGGAUACUCCUUGACAACCUGGAUGAUUGUUGUUACUCAGGUUUAUGUUGGAAUAGCCAUGUCGGUCAUCUUGAAGCAUGCCAGCAACAUUACGCGGCUGUUUGUGGUCUCCUCCUCUCUGAGCGUCACCACCAUUCUCUCCGUCCUGGUGUUCGGCUUACACCUGAAUUUAUUCUUCUUCACCUCCAUGGGACUAUUGCUACUUGCGCUCUAUCUCUUCCAUGGUGCAAGAUAAUGCACUGUGUUCGAAUAUUUUGUGAAGCUGCCGUUCAGGAUGAACUGUUGUUAAAGAUCAUUUGAAUGAAACAGGUUUGUCUGUUAAACUUUCGAGCAGAUUUUUUUAUCUUAACAUAAUGUAUUUAUACAUGUAAUAGAUUUUCAAAUUAUAUUGGGGUAAAUCAUUAUUGUGAGAAGAUGACUAUAUCAACUUAUUUGCCAGGGUUAUUUGCACUUCACAUUCCAGUUUUACCAUUGUUUUUGGUGCUUUUAUUUUGUUAUUUGUACUUGCCAAUAUCUAUUGUUAUUUUGUUGUUUUGAUUGUUAUUUUGUAGGAUGUGUUAAAAUAUAUGUAGAUACAUGUAUAUGUUUACACUUUUGUUUACAGUUUCAGUAUUUUACUAGUACAUGCAUUAAUUACAAAGGGUGCUUUUUUUUGGCAAGUGAAUUUGAAACCCUUGAAUUAAUUAAGGGGAAUUAGAAUCCAUUUUUUCAAUUCACAUUAAGUCUUAUUAAAGUAUUGAAUCAAAAUCAUGAAUAAAAUAUUCUUCAUAUAAACAUGCACAGUACAGUACAACCUUGUUUGGUAGAUACACGGAUAUAGCAAAUUCACCAAUAUACCUUGUACAUUGUGCCAUAGUGAAUUAAGUUAUGUACGGUCCUUUGCAGAAUUUUAAACAAAUCCUUGUAAAAUUUAAUGUUAAUAUUGAAACUGAUUAAUGAAUUUGCAGAUGUAGCCAAUUGAUUUUGUGACCUACAUGUAGCUGAAAGGUGAAAUACAGCAAAAUUUAUUUUAUACCUUUUGUUGUUGUUUUAAAUGUUUAUAAUACCAACCAACUGAAAUGAUUGACAGAAUUUGUUUCAACAUUGAUUCCCUAUACAUACUGCAAAAUGGCUCAAAGGAGAUUUUUUUUACUUACUAGUUGCUCCUGAAUCAAAAGUCCUACAGAAUAAUAAUUCGAAUUAAGGAUUCUAUUGAGGACCAUAUGCAUGUAUAUAAAAUCCAUCUGUUUUAAGGAUUAUUUGUUUUUCAUAUGAAACAGUAUUUUUGUUAUUGUUUUACUAGCAUUUUUAUUAGUGUGUCUAUCAUUUUAUUAGUGUAUUGUUUUUAGAUGUUUUCAGUUCGUCCUGUGCACAUGUAGCCGUUAGAUAUACAUUGCACUUGAACUGAAAUGUGUAUCUUUGUACAUAUGUACUUGAAUUUUAGUAUUUCUUAAAUGAUAAGAAAUUGAAAGAAUCAAAAUUUAACCCACUUAAUUUGUGAAAAUUGUAUUUUUUAUUAAUGAAAUCUGUUUUCAUGCAGUCUUCCAGACCAAAGCAGGAAAGAAAUUACAUGUAUCUUUUUUUAUGAUUGUAUAUGAUGCUUCAUUAACCGUUUUAACGUGAGUUCAGAAUUUUUUAAUUUGUUAUUUUUUUGCAUAAUUAUAUGUUUAAUAUCUGUUUGUGUAUUUGGUACCUGUGUGUUGGUGUUUUUUUACCAAUACAACAUGUCAGGAUUUUUUUUUGUUUAAAAUUUUUAAAUUUUUGUUUUAAUGGUUUUCCUUAAUAUACAUGUAAUGUUUAGAUUUAUAAAACAUAUUUUGAAUCAAAAGUAAGACAAUUAACAGAUUAGAUCAAAUACAUAUCAUGGUAUCAGUCAGAGGUACAUGUAUUACCGGUAUGUUAAAUGCAUACUGUGAGUAUUCCAUUGAUGAUUUCAGAAAUAUUUUCUAGUAAGAAGCUUUUUUAUCAAAACAUUAGACUUGUCAAAACUUCCAAGUGCCAUAACCCACAAUUUUUUUUUUUUGGCUGGUUUUCCUCGAGUGAUUUUGGGGGAAAGGGGGUUAUGCAUAGUAGCUGUCUUUUUUUCACUCAAUAAUGAGUCUGUCUAUUAUCAGUUCAAAAGACUUAAACAAACUGCAAACUGGUACAGUUUAGUGCUUAAAAUUUAAUGUAAUAAUAGUGGGAGCUUUAAGUUUUAAGGAGAGGGAAUGAGGAUGAUUUGUUUGAAUAAACGAACUCUGAAUUAAAACAUAAAUUUAAUCAAAGUGCAUAAUAUAAAACCACUUUGUGUGCCAUAUAGAAGAGAGUGCAAUAAACAAAAAUGCCUGGCAUCUUCAUGCAUUACAAAAAUUAUAAAGAUAUAAUAUACCAAGUACACAUAAUUUUAUAUAUCGUAAAGUUACAUGUAUUUGUGAACCAUGUGCUGUAUACCGGUAUUAUAUACAUGUAUAGGUUAUGAUUUUGUUGUUAAAUGUUUUGUUUAAGAUAAUUUAAAAUUAUUUCUUCUUUAAAUUACUUGUUUUAGGUUUUAGUUUUCUUUACAUACUACAUGUAGUAAUGUACUAUAUUGGUUAAUAUUUAUAGGGCUUUUCAAAAAUAUACAAAUUUGCUGCUCUGCAUGCAUUGGGGUGCCAAAACAAGUCAAAAGUGUUAUCAAACUUGUGUUGUUACUUAAACUUAAAGUUUAACUUUAUCAAUCAAAAAUUUUAUUAAUGUGAAGUAUUUUACAUUUUGUAUACCAAUAUUGUUAAUAUGUUUAUUGUAAUAGUUUUUUGUUUUGCUAUUACCGGUAAAUGUUUUCUGUAUACAUUAAAGAUCUAUCACAUG